CUAAUAAAUGCCUCUGGCCACAGGGGGGAGUGACCUCAACAAGCCCCUGCCUACAUGAGGCACAGCAGGGAAGAGAGGUAGGGUGAGCCAGCCGCCACAGGGGACAGGGACACCGCGUCCUGCAGCCUCCUAGUCCUCCAGGGAGCCAGGACACAUAGCGCACCGCAGGGACCGAGCACUGUCGGCGGCGGACAGGACAAGGGCCAUGCUCCUAGCCUGCCCGCGCCUUUUUCUCCUGCUGGUCCUGGGCACUAGCUGGGCGGGCUGGGGCAGUCAACGGGCAGAAGCCGCACGGGUAAGGCAGUUCUACGUGGCCGCCCAGGGCAUCCUCUGGAGCUACCAUCCUGAGCCCACAGACCAAAGUUUGAAUUCUAAACCUUCCUUCAAGAAAAUUGUCUACAGAGAAUAUGAGCCAUAUUUCAAGAAAGAGAAACCACGCUCUAGCACCUCAGGACUUCUUGGACCUACUUUAUAUGCUGAGAUUGGAGACAUCGUGAAAGUUCACUUUAAAAAUAAAGCAGACAAGCCAGUAAGCAUCCAUCCUCAAGGAAUUAAAUACAGCAAGUUUUCAGAAGGGGCUUCCUAUCCUGACCACACAUUCCCUGAUGAGAGGAUGGAUGAUGCUGUGGUUCCUGGGGGAGAAUACAUCUACAAGUGGGUCAUCAGUGAGGACAGUGGGCCCACCCCUGAUGACCCUUCGUGCCUCACCCACAUCUACUACUCCUAUGAAAACCUGACCCAGGAUUUCAACUCGGGUCUGAUCGGACCUCUGCUUAUCUGUAAGAAAGGCACCCUAACUGAGGAUGGGAUGCAGAAGAUGUUUGACAAGCAGCAAGUGCUACUGUUCGCUGUGUUUGAUGAGAGCAAGAGCUGGAGCCAGUCACCGUCCCUGAUGUACACCGUCAAUGGCUUUGUGAAUAGGACAAUGCCAGAUAUAAUGCUCUGUGCCUACGAGCAAGUCAGUUGGCAUCUGAUUGCAAUGAGCUCGAGGCCGGAGAUGUUCUCUAUUCACUUCAACGGCCAAGUCCUAGAGCAGAACCAGCAGAAGGUGUCCACCAUCAGUCUGGUCAGCGCGACAUCUACGACCGCAAACAUGACAGUGAGCCCAGAAGGAAGAUGGAUCGUGUCUUCUCUCACCCCAAAGCAUUAUCAAGCUGGGAUGCAGGCUUACAUUGACAUAAAAAACUGCCCUAAGAAAACCAGGAAUCCCAAGACUCUCACUCGAGAGCAGAGGCGACACAUAAAAAGGUGGGAAUACUACAUUGCAGCCGAGGAAGUCAUUUGGAACUAUGCACCUGUGAUACCUGUGGAUAUAGACAAAAAAUACAGGUCUCUACACUUGGACAAUUUCUCAAACCAAAUUGGAAAACAAUAUAAGAAGGUUAUCUACAGGCAGUAUGAAGAAGAGACCUUCACCAAACGCACAGAGAAUCCCAGUAUCAAACAAAGUGGAAUUUUGGGCCCAAUUAUUAGAGGCCAGGUCAGAGACACACUCAAGAUUGUGUUCAAAAAUAUGGCCAGCCGGCCCUACAGCAUUUACCCUCAAGGGGUGACCUUCUCUCCUUACGAAGAUGACAGCAACUCUUCCUCCACUUCAGGCAGUCACACCAUGAUCAGACCAGUUCAACCAGGGGAAACCUACACCUACAAAUGGAACAUUCUAGAGUUUGAUGAGCCCACAGAAAAUGACGCACAGUGCCUAACAAGGCCAUACUACAGUGAUGUGGACAUUACCAGGGACAUUGCUUCUGGCUUAAUAGGGCUGCUUCUAAUUUGUAAGAGCAGGUCCCUGGACCAGAGAGGCAUACAGAGGGCGGCAGACAUCGAGCAGCAGGUUGUGUUUGCAGUGUUCGAUGAGAACAAGAGCUGGUACAUUGAGGACAACAUCAACAAGUUUUGUGAAAAUCCAAAUGAGGUGAAGCGUGACGACCCCAAGUUUUAUGAAUCAAACAUCAUGAGCACUAUCAAUGGCUAUGUGCCUGAGAGCAUAUCCAAGCUAGGAUUCUGUUAUGAUGACACUGUCCAGUGGCACUUCUGCAGUGUGGGGACUCAUGAUGAUAUUUUGACCAUCCACUUCACGGGGCACUCGUUCAUCUAUGGCAAGAGGCAUGAGGACACCUUGACCCUGUUCCCCAUGCGUGGUGAAUCCGUGACUGUCACAAUGGAUAACACUGGAACUUGGAUGUUAACCUCCAUGAGUUCUAAUCCAAGACGCAAAAACCUAAGACUGAGAUUCAGGGAUGUUAAGUGUAUUCGGAAUGACGACGACGAAGAUGCAUAUACCAUUUAUGAACCUGUUGCACCUACAUCCAUGACAACUCGGAGAAUUCAUGACUCUUCAGAAAAUGAUCUCAGUGUCGAUGACGAAGAUUAUGAUUACAAUGAUAGAUUGGCUGCAGAACUGGGGAUUAGGUCAUUCAGAAACGCAUCAUGGAAUCAGGAAGAAGAUGAGUUCAAUCUCACUGCUCUGGCUCUGGAGGACAGCUCCGAGUUCAUACUCCCAAGCACAGACAGAGUCAUUGACUCAAGAUCUCCAAAGAACCUUAGCAGAAUCACCGAUAAUAGCCUCAAAGAAUCUCAAGGAACACUUCUUGGCUCAGGAUCUGGUACCUUCCUGAAGCCCCUCACUGGUUUAGAUGAGAACUCAGUUCUCAACCCUGCCACAGAACAUCAUUCCAGCUCAUAUUAUGAAAGUGACAUGGAAGGUCCACAGUCAGACAUCACAGUGGUACACCUACUCCCCCUUGGGGCAAAAGGAUCAGGGAGCCAUGAACAGACUAAGUAUAAAACAACCAAGACAAAAAGACCCUACAUGAUGAAGCACAGGUUCACCAGGAUGAAAGCACCAGCCCAUAAAACAGGGAGGCAUUCAAACCCAAGGAAUACUUAUUCCAGAAGAAGGUCUGGGGAGAAGAUUCCCAGUGAUUUGCUUCUCUUAAAGCAAAAGGGCACAUCCAAAUUUUUGAGUAGAGAAUGGCAUGUGGCUUCUGAGAAGGGUAAUUAUGAAAUAAUACCAGCAAAUGAUGAAGACACGGCUGUUGGUAAACUGCCAAACAGCCCUCGAAAUCAGAGCACCUCAAUGCCUUGGGGAGAUAGAACCUCCCAUACAAACACAACAGGAAAACCAAGUGACCUCCCAGUGCCUUCUGGAGUUAGACAUGCAUCUCCACAACUAAGGCAAGAGGAAAGAGACAGUGGUUUGAAGAAAAGACAGUUGUUAAUCAGGACACGGAAGAGGAAGCAUAGGAAACUUGGUCCCCACAGUCAUCUGUCUCCAAGGAGCUUUCACCCCCUAAGAGGAGAUACCCACACCCCAUUUUUGGACAGGAGACUUAAUCACUCACCAUUACUCCACAAGCCCAAUGAAACAGCUCUUUCCAGAGACUUGAAUCAGACCUCCCCUCCAACGAGUAUUGAUAAGUCACUUCCUGGCCAUAAUCAGAACCCCUCAAAUGACACUGAGCAGAUGAGCGCCCCUGUAGAUCUUCAUCAGUCAAUGCCCUCAGAGGAACACUCUCGAACAUUUCCUUCCCAAAACCCUGAUCAAAUACACCCUACCACAGACCCUAGCCCCAGAUCUCCUCCUUCAGAGCCAAGCAAGGAGCCUGAUUAUGACCUAAGCCAUGAAUCCUACCCUGAUGACACUGGUCAAACUUCUUUCUUUCUAGGCCAAAGUCAAAAGUCAUCUCUCUCUUCAGACAAUAACCAAACAAUCCCAUCCUCAGAUUUAACCAUUUUUACUAUCUCUACAAAAUUGGAUCAGACAAUUAUUUCCCCAGACCUGGGUCAGGUGCCCCUUUCUCCAGAUGGCAACUUAGAGACUUCCCCACAGGACCUGGGUCAGGUGCCCCUUUCUCCCGAUGACAACCAGAAGACCUCCCCCCAAGACCUAGGUCAGGGGCCCCUUUUUCCUGAAGACAUCCUGGAGACCUCCUCCGAAUACCUGGGUCAGAUGCUCCUUUCUCCCGAUGACAAUCAGAAGACCUCCCCGCAAGACCUAGGUCAGGUGCCCCUUUUUCCUGAAGACAACCUGGAGGCCUCCUCUGAAGACCUGGGUCAGGUGCCUCUUUCUCCAGAUGACGAUCAGAAGACCUCCCCCCAAGACCUGGGUCAGGUGACCCUUUCUCCUGAAGACAAUCAAAAGACUUCUCCCCAAGAUCUGGGUCAGGUGCCCCUUUUCUCAGACCCAAACCAGGAGACCUCCUCCACAGACCGUAGCCUACUCAUUACCUCCCCAGGUUUUGAUCAGACAUUCCUUUCCCCAGACUUGGAUCAGAUCCCCCUCUCUUCAGACAACAGUCAGGUGACCCUUUCCCCAGACCUCAAGCUCUUGACUCUCUCUUCAGAUAUUGAUGAGAUAACCCUAUCCCCAGACCUCGAUCAGGUGACCCUCUCUCCAGAGCUCAUCCAGACAAGCCCUCCUCUUACUCACAGGCACAAAACAGCCUCUGUAGACCCUGGGCAGGCACCCUAUCCUUCAGAUUCUGAUCGGUCUUCACCUCUUCCAGAACAGAAUCAGACUCUUCCCCAUCCGGAUCUCAUGCUAUCUCCUUCACCAUCUCCUUCAUUCAACAGCACGUCUAUGCCAAAGAUGUUUAACCCUCUUGUUGAAGUAGGCCUCAGUAAAGUUGACGGAGGCGACAUUGAGAUUGUUGCAAGUGAGGAGCUAGAAAGCAUCGAUGAAGAUUAUGCCGAAGAUGAUUAUGUAAGCUAUAAUGACCCCUACAAAACAGACACCAGGACAGAUGUCAACUCCUCCAGAAAUCCCGACACUAUUGCAGCGUGGUACAUCCGCGGCUACGGUGGAAACAAAAAAUUCUAUUUUAUUGCUGCUGAAGAAAUAUCCUGGGAUUACUCCAAAUUUGCACAAAGUGAAAUGGACAAUGAAGACACUGACCACAUUCCUAAGGACACCACAUACAAGAAAGUCGUUUUCAGGAAAUACCUUGAUAGUACUUUCACCAAACGUGCUCCUCUCGGGGAAUACGAGGAGCACCUCGGCAUUCUUGGUCCUGUUAUCAGAGCUGAGGUGGAUGAUGUGAUCCAAGUUCGCUUUAAAAAUUUGGCAUCCAGACCAUUUUCUCUCCAUGCCCAUGGACUCUCCUAUGAAAAGUCCUCAGAGGGAAAGACUUAUGAAGAUGACUCUCCCGAGUGGUUUCAGGAAGAUAAUGCUGUCCAGCCCAAUAGCAGCUAUACAUAUGUAUGGCAUGCCACCCAGCGCUCAGGGCCAGAGAACCCUGGCUCCGCCUGUCGGGCUUGGGCCUAUUACUCUGCAGUCAAUGUGGAGAGAGACAUCCACUCAGGCUUGAUCGGUCCUCUUCUGAUCUGCCGGAAAGGCACACUUCACAGGGAGAGCAACCUGCCUAUGGACAUGAGAGAAUUUGUCUUACUCUUUAUGGUCUUUGAUGAAAAGAAGAGCUGGUACUAUGAAAAGUCCAAAAGGUCAUGGAGAAUCGAAUCUCCAGAAGUGAAAGUUUCCCAUGAGUUUUACGCCAUUAAUGGGAUGAUCUACAACCUGCCUGGCCUGAGAAUGUACGAGCAAGAGUGGGUGAGGCUACACCUGCUGAACAUGGGUGGCUCCCAGGAUAUUCAUGUGGUUCACUUCCAUGGCCAGACCCUGCUGGAUAAUAGCACCAAACAGCACCAGUUAGGGGUCUGGCCCCUUCUGCCUGGUUCGUUUAAAACUCUUGAAAUGAAAGCAUCAAAGCCUGGCUGGUGGCUCUUGGACACAGAGGUUGGAGAGAACCAGAUCGCCGGCAUGCAGACGCCAUUUCUCAUCAUAGACAAAGAGUGCAAGAUGCCAAUGGGACUAGGUACUGGUACCAUAUCUGAUUCACAGAUCAAGGCUUCAGAAUAUCUGAGUUAUUGGGAGCCCAAAUUAGCCCGGUUAAACAAUGGUGGUUCAUAUAAUGCUUGGAGUAUAGAAAAAUCUGCAUUAGAAUUUCCUCUUAAAACUUGGAUCCAGGUGGACAUGCAGAAGGAAGUUGUAGUCACCGGGAUACAGACCCAAGGCGCUAAACACUACUUGAAGUCUUGCUUUAUCACGGAAUUCCAAGUGGCUUACAGCUCCGACCAAAACAACUGGCAGAUCUUCAGAGGGAACAGCACAAAGAGUGUGAUGUACUUUGAUGGCAAUUCAGAUGCCUCUACAAUAAAAGAGAAUCGGUUUGACCCUCCUAUUGUGGCUAGAUACAUUAGGAUACAUCCAACCAAGUCUUACAACCGACCCACCCUUCGGCUGGAGCUGCAAGGCUGCGAAGUAGACGGAUGCUCCAUGCCGCUGGGCCUGGAAGAUGGAAGGAUAGAAAACAAGCAAAUCACUGCAUCUUCAUUUAAAAAGUCAUGGUGGGGAGACUACUGGGAACCCUCCCGUGCCCGCCUGAAUGCCCAUGGCCGUGUGAAUGCCUGGCAAGCCAAGGCAAACAACAACAAGCAGUGGUUACAAGUUGAUCUGCUGGAAGUGAAGAAGAUAACCGCCAUUGUCACACAGGGCUGUAAGUCUCUGUCCUCUGAGAUGUAUGUGAAGAGCUACAGCGUCCUGUACAGCGAUGAGGGCAUCGAAUGGAAGCCAUACAGGCAGAAGUCCUCCAUGGUGGACAAGAUUUUUGAAGGAAAUAGUAAUACCAAAGGACAUAUGAAGAAUUUUUUCAACCCACCCAUUGUUUCGAGAUUUAUCCGUAUCAUUCCUAAAACAUGGAACCAAAGCAUUGCACUUCGCUUGGAACUCUUUGGCUGUAAUGUUUACUAGAAUUGACUGGGGUAAAAAGGAAGAGAAUAAGAACUGAAGAAACUCCUCAGAGCACGCAAUGUAGAAUGGCUAUUUUAAGUGUUAGAUUUUCUACUAUUUUUCUAAUAGAGAAUAAAGUUUAUAUUAGAAGCUUUUACAAUAUUAACUCAUUGCUGCCAUUAAGUGAGGUGGUGGCUAGUAUUUCCUCACAAUUUGAGUAGAGAUGGGAAAAUAUUAAGAACCAGCAAGAAUAUGACUAUCUUUCACUCUGAUUAAAGAUAUUAUAUAAGGUAAUAGUUAUAUAAUGGAACAAUAUGGUUCACUGUGGCCCUUUUAGAUCCUGUCAAUAUUAAUAAAAGAGAUAUUACUUUUGGGAACUGUUCAUGGAUCUAGAAAACUUUCAUUCUUGUAUUUUUCUUUUAGAAACAAACUAUAAUUUGUAAACAAUGAAAACUGAAAUACUUUAGGUUUUUAUAAUAGAGAAAAAAUACCUUGCUACAAUGAAGUAAGAACUUUAAAUACCCUGUGUUGGGCUGGCACAGU